AUGCACCUAACUUUGGAACCCAUUUUAAAUUCUGGACGUCUCGGCAAGUUGAUUGUUCGCUUUUCGCCAUCUCGAUAUUUGGGUCAAAUUUUCGGCCGCCGUCGUGGUGACCGGUCAUCUGAAUUAGCUGAAUUCGAACGAACGAGUCGGCAACUAGUUAAAGAGACUGCUUCGGAAGCACCGCUCCUACUAAACCCUCGAACUGUUGCCCCAUCAGUAACUUGCUCGGAUCGGCGUGUAGCGCCACGCCAGGUGUGGGUGGAAUCCCUUCGUGAUGCUGAAAAUCAGUAUGUAGAUAUUGUCGACCUCCAUCCAGAUGUUUUUGCUACGUUUCCACGUUUCGACCUUGUUCAUAAGAACCUAUAUUGGCAGGCACACUAUCGCAUCGUCGAUUGGCGAUGCAUAACUACGAGGGCUGAACUUCUCCACAGAAGCCGUCGUAAGCCCUGGCCACAAAAGGGCACUGGUCGAGCUCGUCAUGGCAACCGUCGAACACACAUAUUUGUUGGUGGGGGUCAGUGUAAUGGUCCUCGGGGUCCCCAGUCCUUCUUUUCUAUUCUUCCAUACUCUGUUCGAGUUAAUGGACUUCUCAGCAUGCUUACUGCAAAACAGGCUCAAGGUGAUCUUCACGUUGUGACUGAUUUCAGUCUUUCUGAGGACCUGGAGUCUGCCGCUUCGGAGGUUUACGAGAUGGCAAACAAGAGGGCCAUGGACCGUCUCCGACUUUGGGCCGCUGAAAAUAAAGGGGAAGAGGCGGAUGCCGAUCCCAUUGUUCAGCGUCUUCAACUGUCAUCGGUCGAGGGUGAUGACACUUCUGCGUUGUCGUCAGCUUUUGUACGUGGAAAGGAGGACACCGAAGAGAUGCUCGACCUAAUUGGCGGAGGUCAAGCUGCUCAAGCUGCCAAAAUUGGUCUACAAGCAGCUGAAUACCUCCGGCGUCUGGUUGACACGCGUCGAUGGGGCCCCGCCGUCCUAUUUGUAACAGAUGCGGAGACCUAUUUGGAUAAAUGUCACUCGAGCAAUGGAUUGGCGAUGGCUUUGGCCUGCGCCAGCUACGCACAUUAUAUUGACACUGAAGUUGCUCCAGAAGCGGCAGCUAUCCAGGGUCGUCUGAGAGAGGGUUCACAGUAUGCAGCACCGCGGGCGCUGCACCCAGGUCGCGGCCUCACACUGAUGCCCGUUCACGGUCUUAACGUUUGGUCAAUGGCUCAUCAUGACAGCUUGGUAAUGACCCGACGAGCUCUGGAUCUCAUUGAAGAACGUCUUCUUUGUGCACAGCGUCGCGUCGCCGCAAUGGCCGAUGUCCAUAGUCAUGCGACCCCCCCUCUGGCGCACGAUUGGUUGGUAGCACGAAACCACGGGGAGGAUGGCUGCCAUCUUCCCAACCGGCAUUUCCCAGGAGGUCUCGGAGAUGUCGAUUUCCUGCGACAACGAUUACAGUAG